CCGGUCCCAACUCAUAUAUAUCCUUAAUUGUCUAUCUCAUAAGAGACCGGUAAGUUUGUCUGUGUCUAUGUCUUUGUCUUUGCGAUUAACAUAGCCUCCGAUGGUAUAUUUUUGGAUUUCCAUUCUUGAGCAAAUGCGAUCCUGGCUGCAAUGAUGAUGUGGAGAGCAAGAUAGCUAGGAAAUAUAGUUCUUUAGGGCAUAUUUUUCCUAUUCCUGGCAAUGAAUAAUAGGACAUUGUUGUUUAAGAAGAGUUAUUUGAAAUCAGGAUAUGCAAACACAGUUUCCCUGCAUUUAAUGAAAUCACAAAACAUCACUGCAACCUGAGCUACCUCAGAAGGCUACCGUACCAAAAAAACUCAUUCCUUACCAGUGUGGUGGAUUAGUUUAUUUGCAGAUGAAGAGAAGGAGGCAACUAAUCCAAGGUUUAGAUCACAUAAGUAUUAUUUUAAAAUUAGUCUGUGAGAUUCAAUUAUUGUAGUUGAUAUUCACAAAAAGACAUUCUAUGUGUUGGGAAAUACGCAUCUCCCAAAAUCCUCUCAGCUGAGCUGACCCUAGGAUUCUGUUUGUGGAAUAGGAUCUUCAAGAUUGUGAAUAGCUUAAUACUGUAAUACUUGCAUAAUACUUAAUACGCUACAGAUAGGAGUUGUUUACCCUCUAGAGCAGUGGUUCUAACCCUAUGGUCCACGGACCCCUGAGAAGGGGCCUUGAUGUCACAGGGGAUCCAUGAAGGCUUGUAGAAAUGUUAUGAUUUAAAUCUUGAGUUACGUCUUGGUGGUCCAUGGCCAAAAGGUUUUUAAAUGAGAUCCGUGAUGAAGAAAAGGUUGAGAACCACUGUUCUAGAGGAAACUCCAAGCCGGAUAGCAGUGUAUUUUACUACAGAUUCAUACUGCUAAAAUAUUAGGACUGUAACAUUUUUUUAAUCUAUCGGAUGCAUUCAGGAACUCAUGGCAGGUGAGGAAAGCUGGACUUGGCCCUGUUGCCAAGACACCCAUCUUAGCCUGUGUCAAUGAUUAAUUCAGUGACUAAUGAUGAGAAAGGAGGAAGUCAUUGGCUGGGGAGUGGUACCUGUCCCAGUGAGAAGAAAAUGGCGCGUGACCCAAACUGCUCCCAUAUCAGCGAUCAAUUGCCUCUGUCAUCCGAGAUCUUCCAAGUUAUCAAGGCUCAGAUCUGGAUUUUCUUAAUCCCAGUAUUCCUGGGUCUUGUGCAAGUUGGCCUAUUUCUGGAACAAACAGGCUUCUUCUUACGGCACGGCAAGAGUUCCCAUCGCACCAGUGUUUUGCUUUGGAUCCUGGGAGUUUAUCCGGUAUUCAACCUCACCUCCCUCAUCUGUUUGUACAUCCCUCGAGCUUCCUUUGUCUGUAACUUUGUGGCUUCCAUCUACCACUCCAUCACCCUUUGGAAGUUUCUUGCACUGAUCCGGGACUUCUUUGGUGGCUCAGAACGCAUGGUCCAGAAACUGGCAGGGCAGCGGGUUUCUCCGAACCCUUUCCCGUGCUGCUGCUGCUGCUGCCUUCCUGAGAUUGCUGCCAAUCGAGCAAACUUGCGAUGUAUGACUGUGGCAGUGUAUCAGCUCUCCCUCAUCCGGACCAUCCUGUUCUUCAUCACCCUUAUCCUCUGGACGGACGAUGAAUACGACUAUGGUGCUGUGGGCUACACCAAUCCCAAUUCCUACAUCAAUGUCAUUAUAGCCAUCUCCACCUUCCUCUCCUUCUAUGGCUAUUUGCUCUUUUACAAGGCCACUAAGCCAGCCCUUGAUGGCUACAACCUGCGCUACAAGUUUGUCUGCAUCAUUUUGGUUCUUGUCCUUUGCGGGCUGCAGAGUGGAAUCGUGGAAACGAUGGGAGCCGUGGGUGCCAUUCCUUGCAGCCCAUCUCUCCCACCUGUUACCCGCUCUCAAAUGAUCUACUAUUACGCUUUGGCCAUUGAGAUGUUCUUUAUUGGCAUAUUUGCUCAUUAUUCUUUCCGAAGAAUUGAACCCUCCAUGGAAGCUGAGCAGGUCAUCCACCAUCAAGCCUCCCAGACCCAGGAAGGCCCAUCUGGUCGUUGUAGCCCUGCUGAUGGUGUAUCUAUGGAGGGAACAAACCCUGGCUACCUCUGUGAUGAGGCUUUUUGUACAAUUGAACAUUCUCCCCUGGAUCGCUUUGAUUUCAUUGUCAGGGAGCCUGUGAACAGACAGCAGCCAAGCUGGGGACUUGGCUGCCAGAGAGGGGGAGCCCUGAAGACAGAGGGACUUAAGUUAAGCCUACAACAACCUGGAACCGAAGCGUCAGGUGAAAUCCAAAUCCAAUCCCACGUUAACAAAAUGGAAGCAAAUGGAGUCUCUGCUGUAUAGCCACCUUCUUUAAAGGACGGAGACCCAGUGACAGCUGAAUCCAGAAGAAUGCAUAAUGUGGAGGGAUACUGAACUCCAGGUAUGACCAGGCAAGAAUAAGCACCUGUGUGCAGAUAUGCCCAGAAAUAUAAUUUUGUGGGAAAUUUCAGUGCUUCCGUAUUAGAUGGAAAACCUUUGUUCUAACCAUCGCUAAACUGCCUCAGGGUAGAUUGUGAAGACCUGUUGGGAAAACAGAACCAUUGUUCUUUUCCUCUGUAACAGGGCUGUCAAACUCCCGGCCCGCGGACCGGAUGCUUCAUGCGCUGGCCAUGCCCAUGCCCGAUUUUAGCGAAGGGGGGGAAAAAAAGUCCCGACAUGUCAUGUG